AUUUCAGUUAGCCCGGGAAACGUCGAGUUACCUAACUAUAUGGAACAACCAAUAUUCCAUCUCACUUUUCUCAUCCAUUUGAAAAAAAAAAGAUGUAAUAAAUAAUUUAAAUUGUUAAUCACUCAUAUUAUAUUCCUUUUUAAUUAGUUAAAUUAAAUUCUAAGAAAACUCCGUAACAGUUGCCGAUGAAUUUGACAUUCCUCUACUUCCUCUACAUAUACACAAAGCAUUAGUUAAUUUUUCACAAAGAAAAAAGAGUUUUUUUUGAGAAUUUUUCAGUAUGUCUCUGAUUUCAGAUCUCCUCAAUCUCAAUUUGUCUGAAUCCACUGAGAAAAUUCUUGCUGAAUACAUAUGGAUUGGCGGAUCAGGCACGGAUCUCAGGAGCAAAGCCAGGACUCUUUCGGGUCCUGUUAAUGAUCCUUCAAAGCUUCCGAAAUGGAACUAUGACGGGUCUAGCACUGGCCAAGCUCCUGGAGAAGACAGUGAAGUGAUCCUAUAUCCUCAAGCCAUUUUCAAGGAUCCAUUCAGGAGGGGCAACAAUAUUUUGGUCAUGUGUGAUGCUUACACUCCAGCUGGUGAUCCCAUUCCAACAAACAAGAGGUACAGUGCUGCCAAGAUUUUUAGCAACCCUGCUGUUGCUGCUGAAGAACCAUGGUAUGGUAUUGAACAAGAGUACACUUUGCUGCAGAAAGAGGUUAAUUGGCCUCUCGGAUGGCCUCUUGGAGGUUUCCCUGGACCUCAGGGACCUUACUACUGUGGAACUGGGGCUGACAAGGCUUUCGGACGCGAUAUAGUCGACUCACAUUAUAAGGCAUGUCUUUACGCUGGGAUUAACAUCAGUGGCGUCAAUGGAGAAGUGAUGCCUGGACAGUGGGAAUUCCAAGUUGGGCCUGCUGUAGGUAUCUCAGCAGGUGAUGAGGUGUGGGUCGCCCGUUACAUUCUCGAGCGGAUUGCUGAGGCUGCUGGAGUUGUCGUUUCAUUUGACCCGAAACCUAUUGCUGGCGAUUGGAAUGGCGCUGGUGCUCACUCAAACUACAGCACCAAGUCUAUGAGGGCAGAUGGAGGCUAUGAAAUCAUCAAAAAAGCUAUUGAGAAGCUUGGACUGAGGCACAAAGAGCACAUUGCUGCAUAUGGUGAAGGCAAUGAGCGUCGUCUCACUGGAAAACAUGAAACAGCUGACAUCAAAUCGUUCAAAUGGGGGGUUGCCAACCGCGGCUGUUCCGUUCGUGUAGGCAGAGAUACAGAGAAGGCGGGGAAGGGAUACUUUGAGGACAGGAGGCCUGCUUCGAACAUGGACCCAUACGUUGUCACUUCCAUGAUUGCUGAGACCACCAUUGUUUGGAAACCUUGAGCUGUUAAUAAGUGUCUUGCUAUGAUGUUCGAACACUCCAAAUAUGAUAUCUGACUCAUGUCAGAUUCUCUAAAAAUGCAUGGCUUUUGGAGGAUCUGAUACAUGCUCGAUAAUAUUUUUGAAGAGUUCGAGCAACAUAGGUGUUUGAAAGACUUGUUUCUUGUGUCAAAGAAUUGAUUUUGUCUGUUUGUUUUAGUUAAGGUAGUCUAUUCUAUUUUUGUUCUAUUGUUCCGGUUUCCUUAAAAACACUUCAUUCAUUAAAGCUGAAUUCACUGCCUAUAAUUUGGCAAUAUUGUUAAUGACUGUUAUUCCUGUUGGUUUUGACUUA